UAAAAUUAAUUUAAAAGAAAAUGAAGCUAAUCACACUAGCAGUUAUGCUUUUGGUAGUUUGCACUGCCUUGGCACAGAGAAAACCUCUAUCAAAGGGAAAAGAUCUUGAGAACUAUUUGAAGGGCGCGAAAGACGGUACUUUCAUCGUUUUGUUCUAUGACAGAGAAGCUCCACAGUUGAGAACUGAAGAUGCUCGGAACCAAAUCAAAUCUAAAAUUCUUGCUAACGAGCCAGCCUUCAAUUACUAUGAAGUUGAUGUUCAAGAAGCUGAGUAUAAUCACAUCGUUGAUGAUAUGGUAAAGAUUGACAGAACUCAAUGCAAGCAUUCUCCUACAGUCUUGGUUGCAAGCGAGGGAAGAGGAUAUUGGGCUCAUGGAGAUGGCGCAGUUGACGAUGUUAACUACCACCUCUCUCAAUAUUCCAUUGAUAUGAUCAGAGAGUCGAGAGAAAGAUCUGAUUUCAAUGUUAGGAGAUAAGUUCUAAGCAUGAUUUGUAAUGGUGGUUCAGGAUUAUGGUAAAUU